AUGACAGAAUUGGCACCUUUGGAGACGUCUCAGCAUUUUUUGGAUUUGCGAGCGGAAUAUCUUGCUGAACGCAAUAUGGCCAAAGGAAUAAAAAUUCUCGAGCGAUUGGUGACGAUUGAUCCGGAAAAAGUCACAGACAAUGCUUGGCUUUAUUGCAAAGAUUUGAUGACGGUUGUGCUUGAAGACAUGCCUUUUGAGGAGUUUUUGGUGCAUCAUCAGAUUCUCCUGCUCUCGUGUAUUCCGCAUUCGCCGGCGCGCGUCAACGAGAUUCUCGCGAGGAUCAUCACGAAAAAAUUGGCGAAUCGCCAAAUUCUCAGCGAUUCGGCGUCAGCGGUGGCGGUGGCGUUCGCGCGACGCAUCGACGACACCGAAUGCUUCGAAGCGAUCGCCGAAUUAUUGGGCCCGGUUGCCGGAAAUGAGCUCAUCGUGCAGGAGCUCAAAUACCAAUUGGACUCGCUUCAGGGUAUUCGACAAGCCGAGAAUCGCUUCCGAAUUUAUCAGGUUCUAAUCGAGGCGAUGAAGUGCGGCAAAUAUCACUCGAAUCUGGACGUCUUCAUGAGUGCGCUUCUGAAUGAGGUGACGAGCACAAGAGAUGUGCUCACGCAGCUCAACGCGCUCGAUGUGUUCGCCGAUUUGAUGAUGUCGGGGCCGGCGAACGCGAAAAUCCUCUUGGACGCUGGAGUUCCACAAACGAUUUAUAACAUUUUGCAAUCGUCGAAAACGAGCCCCGACGGCGGUUUCCUCUUCACCGGCUGCGUUCGAUUCUUCGGCCAUUUGGCGCGACACUAUCCGGAAGUUUUGGAGACGUUCCCCGAAUUUUUGCCGUAUGUUACCGAUAUGGUUGUGCAUUUCGAUCUACUCGACGCCUCGCAACGCGUUUUGGCGUUCGACACGUUCGCGAACGUCGCCUACACCGAAAAAGGCAAAGAGAUGAUCGAACUCGUUGCGAAAGACAAACUGCAAUCGGUUUUGCAAGCGGUUGGAGCUGCUAUGAAUCAUGGGCCGAUUGAAUUGAGAUGUAGGCAUGUUCAAGCCGGAGCGCUGCUUUUCCAGAAGAUGCAAGAUGAGACCGCGAUUCGAUGGUAUACGAUGAUGGGUGGAGACGUUCUCACCGCCGCCAUUCUCGCUGGCGUGAAAAAGCCGUUCAUCGAGCUGUGCGGCGAAAUAUUGAUGUUGAUUUUGGAGUUGUUCAAUUAUCCGAGCAUUAUAUUGGCGUAUGUGCGAUUUGCUGGAUUCACCGAAUGGCUUUUGGAUGAGAAUUGGGAGCAUGAGCGAGCGACGGUGCACAUCAAAAAGCUAAUUGUGAAAUUGAUGAUUGCUAAGAAUGAGCAAGAGGUGCUGGGAAAAGCGCCGAAGGUUUUGGAAUUUGAUUCGGCUUAUAUAGUUCGCCUCAAAGCGUACUUGUUGCCGAAGCCGGCUAAUCCGCAAGUUGAACUCGCAUUGUGA